AAACGUAGGCCCAAAUUUGAUCUCUUUAUUUAAGUCAAAGGCAUAUAUCACAGUACUUAUAGUUUUCUUCUUUUCCAAGACCAAAAUUUGUUGGAGAACGAACACUCUCGAGACGGAAUCGAUGGCGAAUUCUCAGACGGUGAUGGCUAUGAUCAGGUUGGCUAGACCUCCUUUCCGCAACAAUCACGAUAAGGUUGCUUUCGCUAUUCACUCUUCUUUCGUCGCUUCCGGUUAUAUCCUCACCGCCACCGGACGGCCUGCUUUCGCCGACGAGGCUCUCUCUUCGUCUUCUCAGAAUGAUGUUGGAAUCGAAGGAUGGAACGAAUUCGAGGGAGAGUAUGCGUUUGUCUAUGCGAAUCCGAAGAAAGGGUCAAAGAAAAUUCUGGUUAAGUGUUUGGCGAUGGAUGAUAAACUUCUUGUUGAUGCCAUAGCUGAUGGUGGAGCAGAACCUGCUCAUCUUGAGAUUAAAGUUGGGGAUUAUGCUGAGGAAAGCAAUGAGGGGGAUUACUCUGCGCAGUUCAAGAAUUUGGAUAAGUUAGUGACUGAUUUGCAGAGUGAGAUUAUCGAUAAGCUUGAUGGAAAACCAAAACCUGUUGCUUCGAGAGCACAGUCCAGCUCUGAGACUAAUGAAGAGCCUAGAUAUUACGAUGAUACGCCUAAUCCAUUAGGCCCUCAGAUUCACCCCUCAGGCGUGGUAGUUCCUCCGAUACCUGGUAAUGGUGGUUACAGUGAUCUCUUCCCUGGCCCAGGUGCUGGAAUGUACCCUGGCAGGGGUGGUUUUGGGGAUGGAAGCAUGCUUGUAGGACCUACUGAUCCUCGCUUUUUCCCAUUUGGUGAUGGUUCUGAUCGACCUGGCUUCAUGGGACCACCACACCCGUAAAAUCACUCUUUCUUUCACACACACAUAGAGAUACACAGCCAUAGAUUUGAACACAUGAAAAGCUCUCUAAAUUGUUUCUGACAAGUUACCAUGGAUUUUUGUUUGUGGUUUUGACAGGGGUAUGCCACCUCCUGGUGCGCGUUUUGAUCCUUAUGGUCCACCCGGUGUUCCAGGUUUUGAGCCAGGCCGGUUCACAAGACAACCUCCAAGAGGGCCAGGAGGUGGGCAUCCAGACCUCGAGCAUUUUCCCGGCGGUUCAGAUUUUAUAUAGUAAAGUAAAGCCAUCGCCAAGGAAAUAGAGAAAGUGUGUGCACAACUUAAAGUAUGGUAGUAACUACAUAUAGACAAUAGGAUCUAUGUGGUUUGUUUUUUCUCAGCUGUUUUUUUGUUUGGUGGUGUUGUUGGUUUUAUUCCCCAGCACACUUUUUAUAACUUCAAUAAAUAUAUAAAUAAAGACUUGGUUUAUUUCGCUUUUAAAUUUCCGUUGGCCAAGUCAGAAUCGGUCGUCAUAUAGAU